CGCCUGCCUACCACCCGGCGUGCACACUAGCCUGCUGGCCCCAAGUGUUCCAUCUACUAAAAGUGAGAACCUCGGGGCUCUCGGAUCACCGCAACAGAGCCCGCUGGAAGAACGCCAGUCGCGGACCGUCAGUUCCCACCUCGCUUGAUUCCGCGCUCAGGGCGGAGCGCACGCUGGACUACAACUCCCGAGAGGCCUCGCGCGCCGACGGCUGCUGAUUGGUUGCGCAACGGGGUGGUGCGGUCGGCCGGUGCGGUGUCCGCGUGUGCGCGGCGGCCGAUGGCUGCGCUCAGCUGGGCGGCGGCGCUCCGCGGGGCUCGCGGGCUCUGCGGGCUGGCGGCGCGCGGGGCAGCGGGGUUCUUGCGUCAUGGCUCCCCCAGAACCUACGCCGCGGUCUCGGCUGAGAGCCUGCCCACCUUCGGAUUCCUGUUGGACAUCGAUGGGGUGCUGGUGCGGGGCCACAAUGUCAUCCCGGCCGCAUUGGAUGCAUUCCACAGGCUGGUGACCCCUCAGGGCCACUUACGUGUGCCUGUGGUGUUUGUCACAAAUGCUGGGAACACCUUACAGCACAGGAAAGCCCAGGAGCUGUCGGCCCUGUUGGGGUGCAAGGUGGAGCCAGACCAGGUCAUUCUCUCUCACAGCCCCAUGAAGAUCUUUUCGCAGCAUCAUGACAAGCGGAUGCUGGUGUCUGGCCAGGGCCCUGUGGUGGAGAAUGCCCGAGCCCUGGGCUUCCGGAACGUGGUUACCAUGGAGGAGCUGCGGACAGCCUUCCCGGUGCUGGACAUGGUGGAUCUCGAGCGGCGGCCGACGACCACGCCCCCUCUGAGGAGUGACUUCCCAGCUAUUGAAGGGGUGCUCCUCCUGGGUGAGCCGGUCCGCUGGGAGACCAGCCUGCAGCUGAUCGUGGACGUGCUCCUCAGCAACGGGAACCCCGGCACCGGCCUGGUGACAGCGCCCUACCCCCACCUCCCUGUCCUGGCCAGCAACAUGGAUCUUCUCUGGAUGGCUGAGGCCAAGAUGCCCAGGUUUGGCCACGGCACCUUUCUGCUGUGCCUGGAAGCCAUCUACCAGAAGCUGACGGGGAAGGAGCUGCGCUACGAGGCCCUGAUGGGCAAGCCCAGCCUGCUCACCUACCAGUAUGCGGAGCAGCUAAUCCGGCAGCAGGCCGAGAGGCGGGGCUGGGCCGCCCCCAUCCGGAGGCUGUACGCGGUGGGUGAUAAUCCCAUGUCUGAUAUCUACGGAGCUAACCUCUUCCACCAGUACCUGCAGAGGGCGGAGUGCGCUGCCCAGGCGGAGCAGCAGGGGGCUGGUGGCCCGCAGAAGCAGUGGCCCUCGGCAACGCAGAGCUGCACCUCUAUCCUGGUGUGCACCGGCGUGUACCGACCCCAGGAGCCCAGCGCUAGGGAGCAGCCGUUCCAUGGGCACCGGGAUUUUGGCUUUAGUCCCGCGCUCCUGAGGGCAUCCCAUGUGGUGAGCGACAUCCAUGAGGCCAUGCGGCUGGCCUUCCGCGAGGAGGGCUGGACUUGGUAAUGCGGGCGCUGGGAGCCCCUGUGCUGCCCUCUGCCCUGAGCCGGUGCCGUCGCCCCAAACUGGGGUGUCACGGGUCAAGAAGACAUUGGCUUUAUUUUUGUGUUGAACAUUGGCAACAGAAAUGCACCGGGGGCCCCCAUUUCCCAUGGAACUGUUCCUGGCCGCCUCUCCUGGCAGUCUGACCUCAGGCUGGCCCCUUUACCUCUGUGCCUCAGUUUCCUCUUCUUUCUGCAGGGCCUGCCUCCUGCUGAGGGGGAGGCCACAUGUAGAAGUCCUCUUGGGGAACCACUGCGCAGAAGCAGGCGUGAGCCAAGCCUCACAUGCUGGUUUUCACUGUAUUUUAGGUUAUUGCCCAGUAAUUUUGGGCUUAUUUUUUUAAAUUAAAAUUAUCCUAAUAAAUACUCAUUCUGCUGUC